CUGCGAACGAGCAGGCGCGCGCGGGGCUCGGGGGAGGCGCGCUCCGGCUCCCGGCGGCGAAGACUACGACGACCAGAGAGCAGACCGAGCCAGCCCCUGAAGCAGCGGCAGAGCUCAUGCCCCGGGAAGGCGGGCGGGCCCGGAGAGACGAGUCCGGGACCCGGGGCAUGUCUCCGGGGCCCCCGUGAGGCGGCGGCGGCGGUGAUGGAGAUCCCGCCGCAGGAGGCGCCGCCCGGGCCGGGCGCGGACGGCGACGCCGAGGAGGCCCCCGCCGAGGCCCGGUCUCCCAGCCCCUCAUCGCCCCCAGUCGACGGGCGCCUCAAGGCUGCGGCCAAGCGCGUCACGUUCCCCUCCGACGAGGAUAUCGUGUCCGGGGCCGUGGAACCCAAAGACCCCUGGAGACACGCCCAGAAUGUGACCGUGGAUGAGGUCAUCGGCGCCUACAAGCAGGCCUGCCAGAAGCUGAACUGCAGACAGAUCCCCAAGCUCCUCAGGCAGCUCCAGGAGUUCACAGACCUCGGGCACCGCAUUGACUGUCUGGACCUGAAAGGGGAGAAGCUUGACUACAAGACCUGCGAGGCCCUGGAAGAGGUCUUCAAGAGGCUGCAGUUCAAGGUCGUGGAUCUGGAGCAGACGAACCUAGAUGAGGAUGGCGCCUCAGCCCUCUUCGACAUGAUCGAGUACUACGAGUCGGCCACCCACCUCAAUAUCUCCUUCAACAAGCACAUCGGCACCCGGGGCUGGCAGGCCGCUGCCCACAUGAUGCGCAAGACGAGCUGCCUGCAGUACCUAGAUGCCCGCAACACGCCCUUGCUGGACCACUCGGCGCCCUUUGUGGCCCGUGCCCUACGCAUCCGCAGCAGCCUGGCGGUGCUGCACCUGGAGAACGCCAGCCUGUCGGGGCGGCCCCUCAUGCUGCUCGCCACGGCCCUGAAGAUGAACAUGAAUCUGCGAGAGCUGUACCUGGCUGACAACAAGCUCAAUGGCCUGCAGGACUCGGCCCAGCUAGGCAACCUGCUCAAGUUCAACUGCUCCCUGCAGAUCCUGGACCUCCGUAACAACCACGUGUUGGACUCAGGUCUGGCCUACAUCUGUGAGGGCCUCAAGGAGCAGAGGAAGGGGCUGGUGACCCUGGUGCUGUGGAACAACCAGCUUACGCACACGGGCAUGGCCUUCCUGGGCAUGACUCUGCCACACACACACAGUCUGGAGACGCUGAACCUGGGCCACAACCCCAUCGGGAAUGAAGGCGUGCGGAACCUCAAGAACGGCCUCAUCGGCAACCGCAGCGUGCUGCGCCUCGGCCUGGCCUCCACCAAGCUCACGUGCGAGGGCGCGGUGGCGGUGGCAGAGUUCAUCGCCGAGAGCCCCCGCCUCCUGAGACUGGACCUUCGGGAGAACGAGAUCAAGACUGGCGGGCUCAUGGCGCUGUCGUUGGCCCUCAAGGUGAACCACUCCCUGCUGCGCUUGGACCUUGACCGCGAGCCCAAGAAGGAGGCGGUGAAGAGCUUCAUCGAGACGCAAAAGGCACUGCUUGCUGAGAUCCAGAACGGCUGCAAGCGCAACUUCGUGCUGGCGCGAGAGCGGGAGGAGAAGGAGCAGCGGCUGCAGCUGUCGGCCUCCAUGCCGGAGAUCACUGUCACUGGGCCCCAGCCCGACGACGAGCCCGCUGCCGAGGCGCAGGAGAACGGGGCCCCAGACCCCGGCCCCGGGCCAGACUCAGACUCGGACUCGGACUCGGAGGGGGAGGAUGGGGAGAGGGCCGGGGCCCCCUGCCCCGCCCUGGUGCCCCCCACAGACUCCCUGGGCCCUGGGGACAGGAGUCCCCCAGGCAGCCCCUCCUCCCCCACCGAGCAGCGUAUCUCCGUGUCCAGCCCAGGCCGGGGCCACAAAGUGUUCGUGGUAACCCGGGUGGAGAGUCCACCUGAGAGGGCGGAACCCCCUGUGCCCCCUGCCCCGCCUGCCCUUCCUGGUCCUCCUUCCCCACCAGUCUUACCCUCCCCAGCCACCUCAUCUGCCCCACUGCCAGCUGAGGCCGUGGGCACUUGGGACCCAGAGUCAUCUGAGCCUCAGCCACAGCCGGAGCCGCCUCAGUUUGGGCCAGCGCUGCCCAAUGGCCUGAAGCCUGAAUUCGCCCUCGCACUGCCCCCAGAGCCACCCCCAGGGCCUGAGGCCAAGGCGAGCCGCUGUGGCUUGGAACAUGAACUGAGCUGCUCUAAGAACGAGAAGGAGCUCGAGGAGCUGCUUCUGGAAGCCAGUCAGGAAUCUGGGCAGGAGACACUGUGACACUUUAG